AUGGCGCCCUGGCCACCACUGCGGGCGCUGCUGUACGCAGCACCCUGCCUGGUGCUCUUUGGCGCUGGGGCGCGCAUCGCGGGCUUGGCCCUGGUGGGGGUGGUGGGCCUCUUGGAGCUGAGCCGCGCGCCGCUGCUGCUGCGCCUGCUGCUGAGCUAUGGCCUUGGGGCGCUGCUCAGCGCCCACGCGCUGCUGGCGGUCGGAAGGCAGUCACCAGAUGAAACCGCCGCCCCUCUCCCGCCGGCGGAGUCGGUGAACACGCUUUCGAUCAUACUGCCUUGUGCCAAUGAGAGCUUCGUGCGGGAGACGGUGUUGUCCAUUUGGGACACAACGCCAGCAGAGGAGCUGGUGGAGAUAAUCAUUGUGGAUGAUGAGAGUGUGCCCCCAGUGGCCGAGCACCUGGAACGCAGCGGGGGUUUUCUCGGCAAGCACCGGGUCAGGGUCCUGCGGAACCCGAAGGGCGUGGGCCUCAUCAGCUCCAAGCGCAUGGGCGCAGAUGCGGCGAAAGGGGACGCCGUGGUUUUCCUGGAUUGCCACGUGAAGCCCAUGGCCAACUGGACAGCGCCGCUGUUGGAGCACCUUCGGGCCAACAGCCGGCGGGUGGUGAUGCCCGAGAUCCUGGGCCUCGAUGUGGACACCUGGCAGGAGAUGCCCAUAGGCACCAUGGAGGGGGGCAAGAAGAUGUGCCUGUCCUGGUCAGCGGACAUGUUCUGGUGCAAUUUGCUCCCUGGCCCAGAGGUCCCCAUCUUGAGUGGCGGCCUCCUGGCGAUGACCCGGAGCUGGUGGCGCGAGAGCGGCGGAUACGACCCCUCCAUGCGCUUCUGGGGCGGGGAAAACCUGGACCAGUCCCUGCGGACCUGGCUCUGCGGCGGGGAGAUUGUAUGGGCAAAUGGCUCGCAGGUGGCGCACAUGUACCGCGACCCCUCGAAGCCCAAGACGACGCUGCGUUACCACCUCCCGGAGGAGCACAUCCUCCGCAACCGCCUGCGCGCGGCCACAGCCUGGAUGGGCCCCUGGCUCCAAAAGGUGCAGGGCUUCCCGGAGUUCAGUAACAUAGACGUGGGCAGCAUGGACUACUUCGAUGAGUUGAAGCAGCGGCUCAAGUGUGGUAGUUUUGUGGACUACAUCCACAGGUUUGAGAAGCUCUUCUUCAACGCCGGCAUGUUGCCAGAGACCGUCUUCCAUCUGAUGAAAGAUGCCAGCGGCUUGUGCCUCACCCUGGACCUGCACUCGGGGAAAGUCUAUCUCUCCGAUUGCAUCGAGGGCUACGAGGGUCAGCGGUGGCAUUAUUCCAAUGCAUUCUCACGGGAGGACCUUGAGUGCUGCAGUGGCCUGAAGAUUUGGAAUGCCAACUUCUGCCUUGCUUGGUAUGGCUCGCAUUUGCUGACGCAGGACUGCGCCCUGCUCGGCAGCCAGUUCCAGGAGUUUAGCAUCCAGGAGGAUGGCCUCAUCUUGGCGCCCCACCUCGAGGACAAACAGCCUGACUACUGCUUGCUGGGCGCUGGUUCCCUAAGGGACGUCGCCUUCCUGUCAGGCCGUGACAAUAGCUUUGCUCGCCUGGAGCUGAGUGAGGGAACUUUGCGCCUGGUUUCGGCUUCCGGCUGCUUGGUCAUCAAGGGGCAGCAGCUGUUCUGGGGCGACUGCAGCCGCAGCGUGCGGCUUGAGAUCGUGGCAGAUAGCGCCGGCCGGAAGCAGCUGGGUACAGGCGGCAUGUGCCUGGAUGCUGGCCAGGGCAACACGCCUAUGCUCUACUCCUGCCACGAACCGGAGCUCCGGAUGCACAAUCAGGAGUUCCUGGGGGACCAUGGCACAGCGCUGUGCUGGGCCCAGGCUCCUCCUGAAGAACCCAUGUGCUUGGGUGAGGUGGAGGAGGGGCCUUCCGGUCUAGAGCUGGCACCGUGCGGCUUCUCGGAUAGCCAGGCGCUCUUUGCCCGUGCCCACGGCGACGGCACUGUCCUGGUCCACCAGGACGCCUGUUUGCUGCCAGACCUGCAGCGCCAGCUCCCUGGGGGAACCUUCCCCCUGGUCUUCGGGCCCUGCAGCAUGGCCUGGCAGGAGGGCCAUGAGCAGCUGAAACUGCUCGCCCCCGAUCACCACCAGGCGCUUUGCCUCGCGGCAGAGGGCGGUUUCAGUGGCAGCGCUGCCACUGCGGUGGCGGCGCCGUGCGACCGCGGCAGCCUGCUGCAGCGCUUUGAGCUGGUGAAGCUCACGGACGAGCGGGUGGCGGUGAGGCGGAUGUCCUACUGGAUAGAAAGUGGCAAGAAGAGAUAUCCGGGCCUUUGCCUGGACCGCGCGGCGCCAAAGCGGCAGAUGGUGGAGGCGGUGCCCUGCAGAGAGGCAAUGGGCGCUUGGAGCACCCUGUGGGAGGAAGUUCCACUGGAGAGGCAGCUUUACAACGUGCUGCACCCGCCGGACCACCCUGAAAGCGCGCCUGAGCGAGUCCCUAAGUAG